AGAGAGAGUGAAGCCUUGCAAGCACCACGCUCUCUCUGCCACUCUAUCUAAUUUGCUUCUACUCCCUCACUCUCCCUCCCUCCCUCCCUCUCUCUCUCUCUCUCUCUCUCGCCCUGAAAUAGAUGAAGCAGAGCCAGAGAAAUCUAAUGUGCACCCAAAGCUUUUGAUGAACACCCCCCCUCUCUUUCCAAAGACUGAGCCUUGUUGUUGUUGUGUGACUUGUGUCUCCUAACUUACUCCGCUCAGAGACUUAGUGAGACUCAUUUGUUCUCUCUCGUUUUUCUUUGUUCCUGUGUGUGAUUUUUCUUUUUCAACUAAAGACCCAAAAGAAAGAACAGAGAAGAAUCCAUUGUGGGAGUUCUUGUAAAUUUUAGCUCCUUCUCUCUGUUUCUCAGAUCUACCAGCCAGCUACCCUUUUUUCUCUUUCUAGUGCUGUACCUUUGUGUUUGUUUUACUUGAGUGGAAAAAUAUGAGUAAAGAAGAGUUCUUGAAGAUCCAGACUUGCGUUCUCAAAGUGAAUAUCCACUGUGAGGGAUGUAGACAGAAAGUCAAGAAAAUACUGCAGAAAAUUGAUGGGGUUUUCACUAUAAAAAUAGAAUCGGAGCAAGGGAAGGUAACAGUUUCAGGUAAUGUAGACCCGGCUGUACUGAUAAAGAAACUUGCAAAAUCAGGUAAACAUGCUGAGCUUUGGGGUGCCCCAAAGGGAAACAACAAUAACCAGAACCAGACAGCCAACCAGAACAAGAACAUGCAAAUUGAUAAUGGCAAAGGAGGUAACAACAACAAAGGCCAAAAGGGUAAUAACCAAAACAAUAACCACCAGCAGCCCAAAGGUGGCCAACCAACCCCUCAGCAAAUCCAAUAUCUUCAGCAGCAGCUACAGCACAUGAAAGCAUCGCAAGAUAUGAAAAUGCCUCCUAACCAGCAGCAGCAGCAGCAACAGCAGCAACAGAAAAGUGUAAAAUUUGCACUUCCUGAAGAUGAUGACAUAACUGAUGAUGAGUUUGAUGAUGAGUUUGAUGAUGAAUAUGAUGAAGAUGAGCUUGAUGAUGAGAUGGAUGACCCUCGACAUGCAUUUAGUAGGAUGAAGCAAAUCAUGGGUAAUGGCCAUCAAGGUCCUAAUAACAUGAUGAUGAAUGGUAUACCGCCCCAGCUCCCGAACGCCCAAAAGGGUGCUCCAAAUGGUGGUGCGAAUGGUAAAAAAGGUGGUGCCGGCCCUGCCGGGGGAGGCGGUAAUGGAGCUGUGCCUGUUCAGAUAAAUAUGGGUGGCGGUGAGGGUAAAAAUGGAAAUGGAGGGAAAAAAGGUGGUGGUGCUGGUGGGGGAGGAGGUAAUAAUGGAAGUCAAAAUCAAGGUGGCAAAAAUGGUGGUGGAAAGCCACAAGAUGGCAAAAAUGGUAAUAAUGGAGGUGGUGCCGGUGGUAACAAGAACAAUGGUGGUAAUGGUAACAACAUGCAAAUGAAUGGGGGUAAAAAGGGAAAUAAUGGGGUUGGUGGUGCUCUGAAUGAUGGAUUUCAGAAAGUGGGUGGACCCCAAGUAAACAUGGGCCAAAUGGGCGGCAUGCCCAUGGGCCAAAUGGGCGGCAUGCCCAUGGGCCAAAUGGGCGGCAUCCCUGCAGUGCAAGGUCUGCCAGCUGCGGCUGCCAUGGGUGGUGCAGCCGGUGGUGGCGCUAAUGGAUACUUUCAAGGAGCUGGACCGGAUCUCCUACCUGGUAACCCAUACCAGCAGCAGCAGCAGCAGCAGCACAUAGCAGCAAUGACAGCAAUGAUGAACCAACAAAGGGCCGCCAUGGGUGGUGGUAAUGAGAGGUUCCAGCCCAUGAUGUAUGCUAGGCCCCCACCUGCUGUAAAUUACAUGCCUCAACAUCCACAGCCACAUCCAUACCCGUAUCCGUAUCCAUACCCGCACCCGCACCCGCACCCAAAUGGGAACGAUCAAUAUACCAACUUUUUCAGUGAUGAGAACACCUCAAGUUGUAAUGUUAUGUAAAGGCUCGCAGCUGCUGGUGGUGGUGGUUCAGGUUAUAGAUUCAACCAACUUGGAGGGACUAGAAAGUUAUGAAUGCCUAUACAUGCAUGAAAAUGGGUUUUCAUUGUAGUUUUAAUAUUUUUUCCUCUUUGAUUUUUUCCCUUUUUUAUAUUCUGUUUUGGUCCAAGUGGAAUUAGGGUUUUUAAUUAUGACCAAAGGGGGAGUAACUAUAGAUAUAAUAUAUAUAUAUUAAUAUAUUUUGAAGUUUCUAGGAGUA